AUGUCUCACAGAAGCGAAUCAGAUCUCCCAUCCCCUAGAACUGUGAACUUUGAUUUUACGAAGAAACCUGAAUUGCAAAAUCUACGGAAACCUGCUCGGAUCUCUCUUUUUCCCGCUCCCAGCACUUCGUCGGACUUCAUGUUUGAACCUCUAGAGCCUCAUGAUGCCACAGACUCCUACUUCAGAACCAAAGUCCGGUUUCCUACCACUAGGGAUUCCACUGGAGACUGGGCUUUCCUCAAUAUGCUCCUCAGCAAAGCCAUACAGCAAAUCAGUUUUGGUGGCCCUAUUCGCAACGUGAAUACCUACUACUACAAAGACGAGAGCGCCUUGACUCCCGGUGCAUUGGUGCUUUUGACCGCUCACCGGGUGAGAGAAGGAUGGCUACAAGUCGAUAUAUCUUCCUCUGGUGGUUCCCUUAUUGCCACUGCGUACGCAUUAUGCGACUCGAUCCAUUCGUCUGAAGGCAUCAUGAGACCUUUGGGGUCCCCAAUUGCGUUACGUACCCGAAUGAACCGAGCAGCUACGGAAAAAUUUCAGGACCCUUUCAGCGACCGACCAUGA